AUGGUGGAGAUAACGCCCCCACUGGCCCACAUGUGCGACCGAUUCAGUCCCGUCAGCAGCCUGGGCGCGUGCCUGUCCACCUCUGGAUUCUUGCUGCCUGCAGCCUUGAGUUUCAGGCAGUGUGGCGAGCAUGCACCAGCAAGCCAACCUGCAACACAUCUGCGCUCUCACAGAGUUGGCUGCAGCCUGCUGCCAUUUGCAGCACAGGUAGCGCAGCGAAGGCGGCACUGGAGGAGCAACCUCCGACGCCUUCGACAGGCCCGGGCGCAAGGACGCGAAGGAUCACAAGCCGAUGGGCUCCAAGCUGCUGGUGCUUUCGGGAUCACGGAUAUCACGGUACGGCAAGAAAUCGAAGAGCGCCUUGGUGCCUUGAGGGGCAAGAUGGAUGCCAUCCGACAAGGUGACGAAGGAGCCAUUCAAAGAAGCCACCGAAAUGGCUCGGAGCUCCAUGGCUCUGUCUUCUGGUGCGACUCAGAUCCAGAUGUGGCCGCCGGCGCUGACGUGCUGCGUGGAUCUGGCCUGGCGCUGCAGACUUUCACCGAGCCGGAGGCUUUGCUGCAGGCGUACGAUGCCUAUCCACAAGAUGUGCUUUGCAUCAUGUCCUCCAUGAUGGAAGGCAAUGGACGCAAGGAGCGCGGUGCUAUGAACGCCUUGGGACUCUUCGCCUCGAUUCGAAGACGAGUGGAGGUCAGUGAGGGCUUGAAGCAGCCGCUCCUGGCUGUGAUCUCUUGUUCUGCAGAUGAAGCGGCUGCACGGGCAGCAGGUGCGGAAAUCGUGGUCUUCGGCAGCCGGAUCAAAGCUCAAAAUCUUGCCACGAGGACUUCCUUGGACACUUUGGAGCAAGACGUGGCUGGUCUGAAGACCAUGCUCGCCGCCACUCCAGCAUCCCAAGACUCGGUGGAGGAGUUGAAGGUUGUCGUUCAAGGAUUUGAGGAUCGCCUCCAGUCACUGGCCUCGAGAGAUGAGGGUCCUCCUCCUGACUGCGAGCACUGCGGGAAUACCUUUGCUCCAGACUCCAACUUCUGCAGACAGUGUGGCAAGCCACGUCGUGGAUCGAAGGAGAGCUCGCCGGAGGGCCUGCAGCGCUUGCAAGCCCAGGUGACUGAUCUCUCCGAGCGCCUCAAUGCGCUCGUCGCGGCGCAAAUCAAGAGAUCUGGCGGCCAAAGAGAGGAGAUUCAAGAUGAGUUUGUGAGCCUUGCCGCCACCUUGCAAAAGGCCUGCAGCUUUUGCUUUGAGUCAGCGCGUCGCACUUCCACGGUAACAUUGGGCCAGGCUGCCGAUGGGCCGAACGACUGGGCUCGGCACCUUAGUUCAGCGGUUGCAGCUUCUGGGGGCGCGGGGACAGUGUCGCGGAGCUUGAAGCUUGCAGUUGCAAGGCCUCGAAGUUUGCCUCCCUGGCACAUCAAGUUGAGGCAUGCGGAAAGCAAGUGGCAGAUGCAGUAUGCAGCUCUCUGCAUGUGUGGUUGGAGCAUUUGUGGCUGGAAGCAGGCCAUGCGAGAUUUGUACUACGAGGCUCAGCCAUGGAACGAAGAAGAUGACAACCCCUGGGAGGAUGUCCCUGUGAGCGACUCGAUGCAUCACAGGAUCGACCAGGGCACCAGCACGACCGAAGCAUCGCCUUCGACAGCUCAUCCUGCAUCUGACGAAGAUUGGCAGGAGCUGAACUCCAGCAGUGUCACGCUCCUUUGUCCAUCGCAAGCUCCUGUGGACCAAUCUCUUGGAGAUGCCAACGCUGGCUUGGCAACUGUGCCAAGUGAAGAUGCUGGGGCACUGGUCGAUGCGGAUGCUUCACCAUGUCAGGACCAGGGGACCAGCAUGACCCCGGUCCUGGCUGAGAGGGCGGUCGCUGAUGCUACAGUUCCUUUACGGACAUCUCCGAGCACCCACAGCGCUGCUGUGCAAGCCACUAUGGACUUUGCUGGGGAGAUUCCCGACGGCUUGCCUAAGGAGUUUUGUGCGGAAGUCGAUCUUGCAACGAGAGAUCGGCACGCACAGACCGAGCCCGCAGGUCCAAGGAAAGCUUCGAAGACCCAAAGGGACCAAGAGCCCCGAAUGCAGCGGACGCAGCGGGCGAAGGGGAUGUCCACGAUGCCGGAGGUUUCGAACGUUGCGCACAGAAGGCAAACAAACCGCUCGGCGAUGAAAGACAAUGGACUGCCGACUGUAUUGAAGGACUUGGCCCAGACGUUCUCUGCGCGGCGCCACUCCAAGGAGGGCCAUCACAAAGAUGCUUCUCAAAAGGAGUCUGUACAGAAGGAUGCUGCUCAGAAGGAGGGCAUCAAGGAUGCCCACAAGGAGGGUGCCCAAAGCCGGCACCAGAAUCCGCGGCCACAGGGCCCUGGUCGUGUUGCAUCCGUGGACGCAAAGGAUCGUCCAUUAUCAGUCUUCGCCAAGCGACAAGCGGGCCAGCUCACGAAGGAAGAGGAACCCGCGAAGCCAAAAUCGGCCGACCCAUCAUCUCGUAAGUCAGCAGACACACCAUCUCGUGAGGAGCGAUCGCCUGAUCGCCGGUCUGGUCGCCCUUCACGACAGGACCACGCUUCCUCGGCUCCAGCGCAGCGCGGCAGACAGUCAACCUCGCCGAAGGAGACCGCGGCUCGUCGGAGCCGAAGCGACGCCGACAAAAAUCGCGACAAGGACAUGAAGGACAUGCCCGAGGUUGACUUGUUCCAGAUACCCGAGCAGCUUCGAGAGGCUCGCCGCCGCACGUCCGAGCUCGAGGCGCAGCUGGCAGAGCUGCGGCAGCGCUUGCAGCAACAAGAGCAUCGGGUGCUG